AUGGUGACGUCGGACCAGGACGAGCGCGGGGAGCCGCCCAACGUUUUCCUCUGCUUCCUGCCCAUGUUCCACAUCUUCGGCCUCUCCGUCAUCACCUUCGCGCAGCUGCAGCGCGGCAACGCCGUGGUCGUCAUGUCGGGCUUCGCCAUGGACUCCGUGAUGAGGGCCGUGCAGCAGCACCAGGUGACGCACGUCUUCUGCGUGCCGCCGGUGAUGAUCGCGCUCGCCAAGCACGGGCGGGCCGGCAAGUACGACCUCAGCUCGCUCAAGUUCAUCGGCUCCGGCGCCGCACCGCUCGGCAGGGACGUCAUGGAGGUGGUGGCCAAGAACUUUCCCGACGCCGAGAUCGUUCAGAAUACAGAAAAGUGUAUUGAACAAGGCUAUGGUAUGACUGAGACAUGUGGGAUCAUAUCGCUUGAAUACCCAGAAAAGGGACAAGCUCGUCAGUUUGGGUCAACCGGAACACUGGUUGUUGGAGUUGAAGCAAAAGUUGUCGAUGUAGAGACGCAAAACCAUCUACCAGCAAGUCAACUAGGAGAAAUCUGUAUCCGGGGACCACAAAUAAUGCAAGGGUAUUUCAACAAUGUGGAGGCUACUGAUUUUACAAUCAAGCAAGGAUGGUUGCAUACUGGUGACCUUGGAUACUUUGAUGAAGAAGGCCAGCUUUUUGUUGUUGAUAGACUAAAAGAGCUGAUUAAGUACAAAGGUUUCCAGAUUGCACCUGCUGAGCUUGAAGGAUUACUUCUAUCUCAUCCAGAGAUUCUGGAUGCUGUCGUUAUCCCGUUGCCUGACGAUGAAGCUGGGGAAGUUCCUAUUGCCUAUGUGGUGAGGUCACCUGCCGGUUCAUUAACCGAAGCGGACGUCCAGAAGUUUAUCGCAAAGCAGGUCACGUACUACAAAAGGUUGAGGCGGGUUACCUUCGUGGAGAGCGUGCCAAAGUCAACCGCAGGCAAGAUCUUGAGAAGAGAGCUCAUUGCCCAGGUCAGAUCGUCCAAGUUGUAG